AUGGCUGUAGCUGCAGACCAAGCAGAAGGGAGAGAGGGAAAAUCUGGCUUCUCCAACUGGAUGUCAGAGCUGCCAGAUCAACUGCAUGACAUUCCCCUGUGGAAUUUGGCAAUACCAGGUAGCCAUGAUGCAAUGAGUUAUGACCUGGACAUAAAGUCAUCUAUAAUGGAGCCUGAUCAGCUGAUAUGCUUCAGCAGCCUGGCUUGCGUUCGCCAAAAGGUGUACAACUGGUCGGUCACUCAGGAAGUGAACAUCACUGAACAACUGGAUGCAGGGAUCCGCUACUUUGACCUGAGAAUUGCUCGCAAACCAAACGACAGCGACCCCACCAGGCUGUACUUUGCACAUGGCCUGUACACACGGACAGAUGUCGAGACUGUUCUCAAGGAAAUAAAAGACUGGGCAAAAGGACAUCCAAAAGAGAUCCUGAUCCUGGCUUUAUCCCACUUCCAUGGGAUCGACAAAAGUGUUGAAAAGGAAAUCUACGGCCAUCUUAUCAAAUUCAUCAAGGACCUGUUUGGAGCCAAACUAUUCCCUACAAAGGAAACUCCUACCCUGAAAUUGUGCUGGGAAUCAGGGAGAAACGUCAUAGUUUCAUUAGAAUAUCCACGUGGUCAAGAACAUGACCCCGACAUACGGGGAGGGAUAACUUACUACUAUGGUAACAGUAUGUAUCCUGAAGAAAUCAAAUCAAAACUGGAUCACUACUUGACAGAUGAGAAGCGUUAUAACAUUUUCUUCAUCUGCGGCUUGAAUCUGACUCUGCCGGACGAUAUCAAGGCAGUCAAGUACAUAAUUUCCUUAAGUGCCACCCUCGUCAAGGCCACUGAGAAGAGUCUGCCGUCUAUGCUGGAGUGGGUGAAAAAGCAAACGCCUGGAGAUGGAGAAAAAUGUGUGAACAUCAUCGCCUCAGACUUGGUGAAUCGUGACGACUUUGUCUCCACUGUCAUCAAGCUCAAUGACAAACUGCUAAAAACAUAACUGAGAGUGCCGUGGGAAACCACACGUCUCCCUCUCUGUCUAUUACACACACA